AUGAAACGAUGGAGUUAUGAUGGUUUUAGUAUACAUGAUCGUUUGCGGGAUAUUCGGUUGAAAUCCGUACUGCGGACAAAACUUCGUUUUUCCGUAAACAUACGGACAAAUACGGGCGGUUGGCAACACUGGCAGCUGCGGUGGCUGACGAUACGGCCGGGCGAAAAGCAGCAGGAAACUGGCGCAGAGCAUGCUGCCGAGUCAAACGAUACACCUGAAGCCGACGGUGCUGCGGAGGUGAAGUCUAGCGACUCAUCAGCACCGGUCGAGGCGGAGAAUAAAAAGAGACUGGCGAGCACUACAUCGGGCGACGAGAAUCAAAUCGUGCGGCAGCUACCGUUCGAUCCGGCUAAGAUCGGCGACGGAGGAGUGGACGAAGCGGACGGUGUGAUGUUUGCUCCGCUGCAAGAUGAGAACGGUGCGGGCGCUAGCAGUCCUGGUGUGGCCGAGGGUCGGAAAUUCAGCAGAGACAAAUCCGUCCUGUCCCGUGGCUCGACAAUGCUGAGCAUCCGGGCUAUAGUCGGUGGUAAUGUCGACCUCAGCUGGCACCACGUCUCCGUCACGCUGCCGAAGGAUGAGAAAAUGAAGCGUCUCAAUCCGAAAGUCAUUCUGAACGACAUCAGCGGUUGUGUCAAGUCGGGCAAUCUCAUGGCCUUGAUGGGUGCUAGCGGAGCUGGCAAGACGACCUUCUUGAACUUAAUUUCAGGACGUAUGGCCAGCGUUCUGGAAGUGGAAGGAGCUCUAGCCGUCAAUGGCCGGACGGUCACGCCGAAACUAGUGCGCAAGGUGGCCGCCUACAUCCAGCAGCAAGAUGUCUUUCUUGCUAACUUGACUGUCUAUGAACACUUGCGGGUUCAGGCAUUGCUGCGUAUGGAUGUGUCAACCACGGUGGAGGAUCGCGAGGAACAAAUCGACAAGGUCCUGGUGGAGCUUGGUCUGAUGAAGAUUCGUGACACACGUAUCGGCAGUCCGAUCACUGGCACACGUGGUAUAUCCGGCGGAGAGGCUAAACGCCUUGCCUUUGCAUCUGAAAUUCUGACCGACCCGCCAUUGCUGUUUGCCGACGAGCCCACUUCUGGACUGGACAGUUUUGCGGCGCAGAGUGUGGUGAACGCGCUGAAGAACCUUGCCGACAGCGGCCGAACCAUCAUCUGCACUAUCCACCAGCCACCAUCGGAAGUCUUCCAGCUCUUUCACCAGUUGUUGCUGUUUGCCGAAGGUCGCACAGCCUACAUGGGCCCUAUCAGCACUGCACCUGCUGCGUUUGCACGUUUGGGUUAUCCAUGUCCAGAGAAUUACAACCAUGCUGAUUUCUACAUUCACACUCUCUCCAUCAUACCGGGCAAGGAAGACGAAUGUCGUGCUAGAGUCAACGAAAUCACUGACGACUACCAACGGCAAGAGGAAGCAGACGGCGGCCUGAGGGCACCCUUGCCGGAAUCGGAAAACUUGGUCAACACGCUCAGGGAAAUGAGCCACAAUCGAAUCCAACCUCUUUUUACGCAGGCUAAGUGGAUACUAUGGCGAAGCUUUGUGACAACUAUGAGAGAGUUUCAAGUCGUCGGAGUGCAACUUAUGCAGACCAUCGUCAUGGCUCUCAUGUUUGGCUUGGUCUACCUGCAAAUCAACGACGGCAACGGCAACGAUCGGGUCCAGAACUUCGCCGGAGCGGCCAUGAUGGUUCUUGUCUCUGCUAGCUUCACCACUCUGUAUCCCGUUGUACAGGUGUUUCCAACUGAAGUUGUUGUGUUGAUACGUGACCACGACAACCACAUGUACAAGACCUGGAUUUUCUACUUCAGCAAGUUCUUUGCCGAGCUACCCAUCACAACACUAUAUUCACUUCUUUUCACUGUCAUCACCUACUUCAUGAUUGGUUUUCGGGUGGAUGCAGACGGGUUCUUCACGUAUUUCGCCGUUCUUCUCAUGGCGGCUUAUCAAGCCCGGGCUCUAGGCUUCUUCAUCUCCACUUUGGCGUUUGACAACGCCCAGCUAGGCCUGGCGUUGGUCACUCCGUUUGUCAUCCCCUUCAUGCUCUUUACUGGAGUCUUUUUAAAUCCCGAUAAUGUUCCAGACUACCUUAUAUGGAUUGAUCGCACCAGCUGGUUCAAGUAUCAAUGGGAGGCAUUGCUGAUCAACGAAUUUGAUGACUUGGAUUUAGGUUCCUGCGGCAACGACACAGCGUUCUGCUUUGAGAAUGGUGAUGCAGUUCUGAAGCAGUUAUCUCUAGGACAGGGCUUGGAUCAGAUCUGCUUUGACUUUGGAAUCUUGCUGGCGUUGUUCUUCGCCUUCUUCAUUUCCGGACUUCUGAUACUGGUGUUGCGUAUCCGCUACAUCAAGCGCUAAUGUCUGCUAGGCGCAAUGCGUUGACGUGUCACUCUGAGGUGCUAAACCUGACUUCAUGAUGGUGUUGUUCUAGUGUUGAGAUGAUUCUGUAUUCCGCUAUGUUUGUCAGUGUCUUUCAUGUUGCUAUUUUGUCAGUCAUACAGCCCAUAUACACUCAUUAUUGUCAACUUCAGUAGUGGACAUUCCCAGACAAGUAUUCUGCCUGUCACGUGUGUGUGUGUGUGUGUGUGUGUGUGUGUGUGUGUGUGUGUGUGUGUGUGUGUGUGUGUGUGUGUGUGUGUGUGUGUGUGUGUGUGUGUGUGU